UCAUUCGAGCCUCCCAAAAGUGACCGUACUUCGGAUGGUCCCUUGAUCACCCCCUUUGUAUUCUCCGCGGCAUCAGAAGCAGCCCUUCGGGCGACACUAGAACACCAUAAGGACUUCCUUUCCCAGAAGCCUCGAACCAACCUGGGUGACUUUGCAUGGACAUUGCAGGAGCGCCGUUCUACUUUAGCAUACCGCAAAUCUGUGGCGGCUUCAAGCCUGGACGAUCUCAUCGCACAGCUUGACGCUCUGCUAGGUGAAGGCAACGAUGCCAAAUCCGAUUUUAAGACGCGGUACAUGAGCAAACCGACCGCACGAAUUCUCGGUGUUUUUACAGGACAGGGGGCUCAAUGGCCUCGGAUGGGAGCAAUGUUGCUCGAGCAGUCGUCGCUUGUUUCAGAGUAUAUCAAGCAAUUAGACAAUUCACUGGCCGCUCUCCCACCUGCAGAUCGACCCUCGUGGACUAUCAGAGAUGAACUCCUAGCGCCCCCCUCCGACUCCCGGCUGGCUACGGCAGAGAUCUCUCAGCCUCUUUGCACAGCAGUCCAAAUUAUCUUGGUCAAUUUACUUCGUCUUGCUGGAAUUGAACUCGUCAGCGUGGUCGGUCAUUCAUCCGGCGAGAUUGGGGCAGCUUAUGCGUCAGGUUUGAUCUCCGCCUCAAACGCCAUCCGCAUUGCCUAUUAUCGGGGGCACUAUGCAAAGCUGGCACGGUCUCCCAACGGAAGCAGAGGUGCGAUGAUGGCCGUGGGCACCACGCUGGACGAUGCACGCGACUUCUGCGAGCUGGAAGUAUUCGAGGGAAGGCUUCAAGUGGCCGCAUCCAACUCUCCAUCCAGUGUCACGAUCUCAGGGGACGAGGCGGCCGUAGAUGAAGCCGUUGAGAUCUUCAAAGAUGAGCAGAAGUUUGCCCGAAAGCUGAAGGUUGAUACGGCCUACCAUUCCCAUCAUAUGCAGCAUUGCGCCGAACCCUAUCUGGAGUCGCUUUCUCAGUGUGAUCGCAUCGAAGACCCUGGGAACGGGCCAAGGUGGCACUCCAGUGUUUCACCUGGCCAGGCAAUGACAAAGGCAACUCUCAACACUCAGUAUUGGGCUGGAAUACCCUAUUUCGGUUUGCUCUCUCGCAACAAGCAUGACCUGAAAGAAUUUGCAGCAGCCAUGGGACAGAUUUGGACCCAUCUCAGUGUGGGAUCUGUCUCCUUCAGCUCCUUGGAUCUCGCAUUUAGCGGCAGUUUGCAACGCAGGCAACUCGUAUCUGGGCUCCCAUUGUACCCCUUUAAUCACAACCGCUCAUUCCGCUCGUUGUCCCGCAUAUCCUCCACUCAACUCAAUAACCACUCAAGACUGCAUCCGCUCCUUGGGAGACAGUGCAUCGAGAGCACUUCUGCCCAGCAAGUGCAAUGGGAAAAUAUAAUUCAACCAAAAGAAAUCUCUUGGCUCCAAUGCCACAGACUGCAAGGUCAAAUUGUUUUUGCAGCCACGGCUUACAUCGCAAUGGCGCUGGAUGUUGUUGCUCUUUUGGCCGAUCGCACGCCAGUUUUGUUGAAGCUUGAAGACUUCUCUAUUCAGCGGGCCAUGGCAUUCAAUGAUGAGAAUUCUGGUCUCGAGUCCCUUUUCACAGCAACGAUAGUGAAAUCGGAUGCGCGUGAGUUUAUCAUGGAGUUCGCUUGCUAUUCUAGUAUGUCCAAUGAUACACCAAUGUCCCGCAAUGCCAAUGGCCGGGUGAUUGUCUACCUUGAGCAAGCAGAAGCAGAACCGAUGCCAACUAUAUCCUCCGAGUCUUUUAAUUUGACAGACAUUGAGAUUGGGCGAUUUUACAAGUCUCUUUCCACUCUUGGGUACGAAUACGAGUCUCCGUUCGACUGCAUUUGCGAGAUCAAGCGCAAGCAGGGCUAUGCCACGGGAAAGAUCGAAGACAUGUCUGGCUCGGCCUGGGAAGACCAGUUAAUUGUUCACCCUGGGAUGAUGGACACAGCCUUACAGACAAUCUCGGCAGCAUAUUGCUGUCCUGGGGAUGGUCGCCUGUUCACGAUCCAUGUGCCCACAUUCAUCAAGUCCUUGGUGGUCAACCCUCGCUAUACAUCACUUGGAGUGGGCAAGCAACGUGAAAUCCCGUACCAGUCUGUUGUGAGAGAAAGCCAUCAUGGAAAUACAAUUGCCGAUGUUAAUCUGUUCAAUGAAGAUGGCACCCAGUCGUUCAUUCAGGUGGAGGGUGUCACCCUCAAGCCAUUCUCACCACCAACGACUAAGGACGACGCAGUCAUGUUCUCUGAGUUCCACUAUGGUGUUGCUGAUGUAGAUGGCGAACUGGCCAUGGCAGGGGAUAGGCCAACUUCUCUGGAUGUCGAGCGAGCCACGGAUCUGGAGCGAAUAUCAUUCUUCUAUCUCAUGAAUCUCCUCCGAACGACUAUACCAGAUGAGAAGGAUCACACUCUUUCUCAUUACAGGAAGCUGCUCGACUGGGCUGCUUAUGUUGAGGGUCUCGUUGACCGUGGAGAGUGCCCGGCAGUUCCUCCCGAGCACAAGUCGGACACUUACGAUGUGGUUAAAAGUCUCAUUGCGAAGAAUUCUGAUUGGGUGGACUUUAAGCUCGUGGAAGCCGUUGGAGAAAAUCUUCCCACUGUGAUAAAAGAAAAUGGAAACAUCCUCGAGCACAUGACCAAGAACGGCGUGUUGGAUGACUUCUAUGGCAUCGAAACAGCUAAUAAUUGGAUUGCUCGGAUGGUGGAACAGCUUGCUCAUCGCUAUCCGCGAAUGAGUAUUCUGGAGAUCGGAGCUGGCACUGGCGGGUCUACACGGGUCAUCCUUCCCCGUAUAGAGUCCGCGUUCUCCUCCUAUACUUACACCGAUAUCUCAACCGCGAACGUUCUCCACGCCACGAACCGGCUAGAAGAGAUGAUGACCAACGUGAGGCAGCUCCUUCGACCCGGAGGCUAUUUGAUGGUGUUUGAAGUCAUCAGCAAUGAUGCCCUUCGCAUUGGACUGCCGAUGGGUGGACUUCCAGGAUGGUGGGUGGGCGCCGACAGUGGACGUCCUUGGGGUCCCACGUUGACACUGCCGCAAUGGGACUCUCUUCUUCGAAAAUGUGGCUUCUCCGGCAUUGAUACGGCCACUCCUCCCUAUCAUGCACUGCAUCCCGGUGCCGUCUUCGCCUCUCAGGCUGUAGACGAUCGAGUGGCCUUCCUCAGAUCUCCGUUGAGCGCCCCACUGGAGGCACCCUUCAGCAUUCCUAAGACCUUGACAAUUGUUGGCGGCAAGAAGUUCCGGGUCCAUCAAUUGAUUGAACGGAUCUUAUCUUCCAUUGGCACAACAUGGGCGAAGAUCAUUCGGAUUACCUCCAUUGAGCAACUCGAUAACCAACCAUUGCCUGAAGGCUCGAGUGUUCUCUCUCUAACCGAGCUGGAUGAGCCUCUUCUGCGUUGCCCUACCCCCGCAAAGUUUAAUUCCCUCAAGGCACUGUGGCAACAGGCAAGAAAUAUUCUUUGGUUGACCAGCGGAUCUCGAGACGCUGAGCCGCAUUCCUUUAUGAUGGUUGGCCUGGGUCGCGCGAUGCGCGCUGAGCAUCCUAACAUUAACCUGCAAAUGGUCGAUGUUGAGAACAUCAACAGAGAAACUCCACACUUCGUCGCCGAAGCCUUGCUCCGCCACGAGUUCCUGGACUCUCUGGGAAAAGAAAAGUCAACUGCCGAUAUCAUGUAUACCUCUGAGCCAGAGAUCGUCAUGGAGGAUGGGCGCGCUCUCGUCCCUCGUCUGUAUCCGCGGAAGGAGUCCAAUCUACGCUACAACAGCUCUCGCCGCCUGGUAACUAAAGAGGUUGAUCCUCAAUUGGUGCCGGUCCGAAUGGAUACCACUGAUGAUGAAUUGGUUGCCUUGCGUGACAUCUCUCCACUUCGCGUGAUGAACUCGCGUCUAUCAGCCACGUCUACAGUUCGAGUAUCUCAUUCCUUACUCCCUUCUAUUUUUGUGAAGGGCGUUGGGUAUCUCAUGAUUGCGGCAGGCACUGAAUUAUCGACUAAGGAGGCGGUCUUUGCAUUUGGCCUGUCGGCUGAAAGCUUGACCCCGUCCAUAUCUACCUGGACGAUUCCGCAGGCCCACGUUGAUCCUGUCGAAGGCAUACUCUCCAUUGCAGCCUUUGUUGUUGCGGAGAACAUACUCAAUACACUCCCCACGACUGGUACGUUGCUGGUGCAUGAUGUGGAGCGAUUCAUAGCCCAGGCGCUUGUCCGCUGUGCACGUUCCAGAGGAGUUAAGUUAUUGAUGACUACUUCGCAAAAGGAUGAUAGUGCCGACACCGUUUACAUCCAUCCUCACCUACCACAGCGGCUCAUCCGCCGUCUCAUACCCCAGGACGUUUCGGGCUUUAUCAGCCUUGAGCAGGAUUGCUCUCCUGAUAGUGUUGGCAAGUUCAUUAGCAAACUCUUGGCCCAAAAUUGCAUUGUUACAGGGAGGUCUGCGGUGUUUGGAAAGGAUGUCGAACUGUGUUUGGAGCCUGCUGUCGAGGAAGGACAAAAGGUACUUCAAUGCGCGUGGAAAAACAUUGAUGAACUGGGCUUGGUCUCUGAAGGACACAAUCAAGUACUGCUGACUGAAAUUCCCACUGAUGUAACGGCUCGGCGGGAUUUCACGGUGGUAGAUUGGCGCGUUCCAUUGGUGUCGGUGAAAGUUCUUCCAAUUGAUGAGGGCGUUAUCUUCGGGUCAAACAAGACAUUCGUACUUGUCGGUCUUGCAGGUGAACUCGGACAGUCAAUUGCCCGAUGGAUGGUCGAACACGGCGCAAAACACAUCGUGUUGACGAGCCGGAGGCCAAAGGUCGAUCCUCGCUUUAUCAAUUCAUUGGCCGCCUUUAACGCAGACGUCCGAGUGAUGCCAUGCGAUGUCACGAGUCGCGUCUCUCUCAAUGCAUGCUUUGAGGAAAUUCGCCAAACCAUGCCUCCAGUGGCAGGCGUUGCUAAUGGCGCGAUGAUCCUCAGAGAUGCCAUGUUCGAAAACAUGAGCUUUGAGGACUUCAUGGCGUGUGUGCGUCCGAAGGUCGAUGGUACCCUUCUACUUGAUGAGCUUUUACACGACACCCCUCUGGACUUUUUCAUCGUCUUCUCUUCUCUCACUGCUGUGGUGGGCAACAGCGGCCAAAGCAACUAUGCGGCUGCGAACAUGUUUAUGACAGCCCUGGCCUCCCAGAGAAAGAAACGGGGCGUUGCUGGUUCCACCAUUGAUAUUAGCUCGCUCAUGGGAAUUGGCUACGUUGAGCGCUCUGAGAAGCUGGAUGCUGACUAUUUUACUCGCCUGGGUUAUACCAACAUUGCGGAGCAAGAUCUACACCAGCUAUUUGCCGAGGCGAUUGCCGCUGGUCGUCCUGAUUCGACUGCAAUUUCCGAGAUUGUCACUGGAGUCUCGCCCAUCUUCGCUGAUCAGGAUGUCAAGGCUCAGUUUUUGACCGAUUUGAAAUUCGGCCAUUUUGUCUUGGAACGACCGCGUACAUCGACGCAGGCGAGCAAGACCCAGACUGUCCCUGUUCGGAUCCGCUUAGCCAAUGCUCAAGAUGUGUUUCAGGCUGGAGAGAUCAUCAAAGAGGCGUUCAUUGCUCGAUUGAAGCGAACCUUGCAAAUUCCACCAGAGGAAAGCGUCAAUGAGAACGUGUCGCUCGUGGAGCAGGGUGUUGACUCGUUGAUGGCGGUCGAAGUGCGCACUUGGUUCCUAAGAGAGUUAGGCGUUGACAUGCCCGUGCUCAAGGUUCUCGCGGGUGGCAACAUUCAGGAUCUGGUGCAUGACGCGAUUCAAAGACUCCCGCCAGGGGGGGCUCAUCUACCAGGUAUCGACAAUGGCGUCUCGAAUCCAGACUCGGAGGACUCAGGUACCAACGCGCUCAGCUCGGACCAUGAAUCAUCGCAAAUUGGGCAAACCACCCCAGCUAGCACCCCUACCUACGGAAGCGAUGAUCGUGUUCCCGCUUCCAAGCAGCUUUUGACUGAUGCUUCGGUGUCCAACUUGCAAGGGUUAGAUUCUCCCACUGAAAUUACAGCACCCUUAUCGUUCGGUCAAAAUCGACUUUGGUUCCUACAGCACUAUCUGGAAGAUAAAAAGACCUUUAAUAUGGCCGUUAUGUUUCAGCUAACGGGAGCUUUGCGCAUUGACGAUCUCAGCAGAGCACUCCAAGUGGUGGCACAGCGGCAUGAGAUAUUGAGGACCCGCAUAGUCCCGUAUGACGACGACGACAAUGACAGUGACGGAACACCCCGACAAGGGAUUUUAUCUCAUCCCGUCAUUCAUUUGGAAAGAAAGUCUGUGACCCAGGAUGAGAUUGAAGGGGAGCUCCAACGCAUGCACGACCACGAGUGGGACCUACACAGUUGGCAGGCCAUCAAGAUUCGCCUUCUAUCAGUCUCCCAAACCCUUCACUAUGUGUUGAUAGGGGCCCAUCAUAUCACGCUGGAUGGCUGGAGUUUCAGUAUGUUCUUUGUCGACUUGGAGGCCGCAUACUCUGGUAAACCGUUGAGCCCUCUGCCUGCAACCUCUCAGUAUCGUUCUUUCGCAGCUCAGCAACACAAUGAUUAUGAGAAUGGCCGCAUGCAGCGGAGUAUCGAUUUCAACCGCAAGACCAUCCCCGGUCACCUCCAACCCAUCCCACUCUUUUCAUUUGCCAAAGUCUCCACACGACCGUCAACGAUGCGAUAUAGUCUGCAUGAAGUCCAGGCACAGCUUGAGCCUGCCCGAAGUGACCGGAUUAAACAGCUCGCGCGCCAAUGCCAAUCCACUACGUUCCAUGUCUACUUGGCGACCCUUCAGCUGCAAAUUUUCCGUCUCCUCCCAAAUUUGAUGGACUUCUGCAUUGGUCUAGCGGAUGCCAAUUGUCUGGAUCCAAAGUUCAUGGGUACGAUUGGAUUUCUGCUCAAUCUUCUCCCUAUUCAUUUCCGUCGUUCUCCUGAUGGGACCCGGUUCCGUGAAGUGGUGCAAGCUACUCGGGACAAGGUUUACGGGAUCCUGGAGCACUCGCAGCUGCCAUUUGACGUGCUCCUCAAUGAGCUGAACAUUCCACGGUCUGCGGAUCAUACCCCUCUCUUCCAGGUGUUUGUGGACUACCGUCAGAUUGUGCAGGACCGGGUCAUGUUCGGCGAGUGCAAGGUGGGCGAGGAGCGCUGGUGCAAUGCAAGAACUGGCUAUGACCUCAGACUGGAGGUUACAGAGAACCCGAACGGCGAGACGUUGUUACGCCUGGGCCUACAGGAUUCGCUAUAUUAUGCGGAGAGUGCCAAAAUGUUUCUGGACUCAUUCUUAACGCUGCUAGAUGAGGUUGUUGUGGCUUGA